AAUAGUUUGUGUUCGUUCUUUAUAUAUCUUCUCUUUGGUUUCAUGAUACGGACUCUAUGUCCUCAUGCCGUGACUUGGAAAUAACGCUUGGCAUUUGUUAGAGCUUUUACUCUGUGGCGCUAUUGGGCCUAACACCGCACCGCUUCUCGCUUGGCACUCACCCCCUCUAUAUGCUACCCGUGGAGAAGGGUCGACGGCUUGGCAGGCAACCCGUCACAGCACUAGACCGUUUGUCGUCGGUGCCUGCAUCCGCGCCACGCAGGGUGCCCUCAUGGAUGCAUUCCUCCCUCACAUCGAGUUCCCCCAUACAUACACCAUUACCACAUCCAUCAUGCAUCCUCCCAGAGCCACUCUUGGCUGGCCAAUGUAGAGACUCGGACGACUGGUCGGGGUACAGAAUGUCAGACCGGAGGAUUCGGUGUCACGUCAAUGAAAAUCAUAUCAUUUGGCCGUCGACUACGUGCCCACUGGCAGCGGACAUUCAUUACGGCAUUAAGUACCUGGGUUUACAAGUAUGUCACGGUCACCUAUCUACCUAUUUCUAUUCUAUGGAACGCAAAGGGCACCACUCAAGCCCUUAUUCUUAUCACCGUGUUCCAAACAUCAAGAGCUUUUUUUUUGAACUUGUGAGAGGAGGAAUCCAAAGGCGGUGUAGUAUUAAUGAUCACGAACACCUUGCUGCAACGUUACCUAGGAAGCAAUCUCCCCUCACCUCGAGUCUACCUCGACCCCCUUUUACAACACUCGACUACACCUGCGUAUCUUCUUACCAUCUUUCUUUCCUCAAUUCUUGAGCAUGCAGUUUGUUCGCGUCUUUACGUACAUUGCUUCUUGUCUCUCUGUAGCUCGUGCUUUUAGCGUGACUGUUGGGACUCCCACUCAAUGUGAUCCUCUCAAGAUUUCAUGGACUGGUGGGCAAGCGCCGUUUGAAAUACACUUAACUCCCGUUCGUCGGCGCUUCGCCUCAGGCUCAUCAAUCACAUGCUAAAUUUUGUGCUUUCCAGUCUUUAAAUCCUUAUCAGAACGUAUCUGUACCAGCAUCAGCCUUUAA